CUGGUAAACCCAAAUCUUUCAUGGUUAUAUCAAACACAGCAUAAACACCUAUUUCACAGACAGUAAAUUGGCAUACAUAUAUACACAGAUAAUCAUCCUUCAUACCAGAGACUUAUACGGACUCUUAUUAACCGAUCGAUUAAACAAGAAAAUAGAAGAAACAAACAGAAUGAUACAUAUGCAUAUACAGAACAAUCUGCAUAAUUUCUUUAUUUUAUAUUUUUGAAUGAAAGAGUCAACUUUCCAUUGAUUUGAGUGUUGGUGUAGCGUGAGUUCAGUUGGGGCAACGUUUUUGACGGCCAUAGGCUGUCCGGAAAGGGGGGAGAGAAGAAGGCGGCGACGCCGCCGCUGUAGACGACUGUGGUCGGCGGCGGUGGUUUCCCUGCUGCUGGCACGCUGUCUGUGAGAGGAGGAGCUACGGCACGGCGGCUCUCCCCGCUGCUGUCGGGCCGAGGAGAGAGAGAGACUCGAGGGAGAUGGCAAGGCACGGCGGCAGCCCGUCUCAUUUGCUGCCGUUGUCAGCCAGUUUGAGUGAAGGGGGGGGGGGAAAGUCCAAGCGGACGCCGGAGUUCCAGGAGAGAGAAGCGGCUGCCUCGCCGGAAGGAGGAGCGGCUGCCUCGCCGGUUUGAUGAGUGAGGAUGAGGGAGAAGGGGGUGGUGGCGUGAACCGCGAGAGAGAGAGGGGGACAGAGCCUUGGGAGAGAGAGGUUGAGAUAUGUGAUAGUGUGUGUGUGCGGCUGAUGAGGGAGAUAAGAGGAUGGAGGUGUUGGGCUAGGGUGAGGGUUGGGCUUUGGGGUUGGGCUUGGUUGGGGAGUGGGCUUGGGUGUUGGGCCGGGGUUUAAUUAAGUUUUGGGCUGCGAAAUUUUAUUAUCAGUUGGGCCGAUUUUUAUGAGUAUUUGGGCCGAGAAUUUUUAAAUGGGCUGGGUUAUUUCUUAAUUUUGGGCCGAGUCAGUUGGGCCGAUUUUCUUUUAUUAAGCUGGGCCUCUGAUUAUUUUAAAUCAUGGGCUGCCCAAGUAUUUAUUUAAUUGGAUUUGUGCAGAUUUUAUUUAAAGGAGCUACACUAUUAUAAUUAAUUAGACUUAUUAAGUUUAAUUAAUUAUUUUCAAAGAGAAAAUUUUUAUAAUAAUAUUUAAUUAUUAUUAUAAGCAUAUUUUAAGUAAUUUCUUAUUAUAUGUCAAGCAUGACAUGAAUUUGCAUUAUAUUUUUGCAAUAAGAGUAUUUAAGAUUUAAUUGGUUUUAUUUAUAAUUCCAAUUAUUAAAGAAAGAUGAGUAAGAAUAUUGUUGGUGUUCUUAACUCAAGAGAAAUGUUUUCAAUUAUUUAUUCAUUAAAUUUUGAAAACCCGGCUAAGUGAAUCAUAGAAUAUUAAGCACUUCACUAUGACUUAAGAUUAGAUUCAGGAGACCUAUUAAGAUUAUAGAUUUCUUGUAGGCUUUGUGGAUCGUGAGGACUAGCACUGCUAUACCAAUUCAGAGUUAAGAAUAAACGACAGGCUUUGCCUAUUCAGAAUGGAAGGUGCACCAAGAGGACGUGGUAGAGGGCGCGGACGUGGCCGUGGGCGCGGUAGGGGAUUUGUACCCGAAGAGCCUAUUCCACAAGUAGCACCAAAUCGCACAGCCGAGGAAAAGUUUCGCAAAGAAAAACCCCCAACGUUUGAUGGAUUGGGCGAACCUGCGGAUGCCGAGAAAUGGGUUAGGGCAAUAGAACGGAUCUUCAACUACAUCCGUUGUGACGAUGAGGAUAAAGUGGCAUGCGCAACUUAUCAGUUGGUGGACGAAGCUGACUUUUGGUGGGAGUCAGUGAGGCGGACUAUGACUGACGAACAGUGGGAGAAUUUCACAUGGGAAGAAUUCAAGGCUGAAUUGUAUGAGAAGUAUAUACCAGGAUGUUACCGACAAAAGAAACAGAACGAGUUUUGGAAUUUGAGACAGAAAACGGGAACUGUGACCGAGUAUGAUAGAGCCUUCAAUCAGCUAUCAAGAUAUGCUCCGACGUUGGUGGACAGCGAUGAGAAACGCGCAGAGAAGUUCAGAAACGGACUGCGUCACGAGAUAGCGAUUUCCCUAGCAAGUCAAGGCGGUCUCACCUACGCGCAGACAUUGAGCAGAGCCCUCACUAUUGAGUCAUUGUUGCCAAGGGAGAAAGGAAAAUCCCCCGAACAGUUUGGAUUUGUACCAUCUCAAGAUGGUAGUAAGGGAAAGAGAAAAUGGAAUGAAGGGACUGGUGGAAACAUUGGAAAUGGGAAGAAACCAUGGACGGCAAAUCAAAAUCAGAAUCAACAUCAGAACCCACAACCUCAAGCAAUAGUUCAAACUCCUUGCCCAAAAUGUCAAAAACUCCAUCCGGGAGAAUGUCUGAAAGGAAUGAACGUCUGCUAUAACUGCGGAGAGGCCGGGCAUUAUGUCUCGACAUGCCCAAAGAAGGGAGGAGGAGCACCCCAACAACAAAAUCCUGGAAACCAACAACGACAAAACCAAGGUCCUAGAGGAAAUCAGAACCAACCACGAUACGCUAGGGCCUAUGCCCUUAACCAACACCGAGCAGCAGGAGAUCACGGAAACCUGACAGGUACGAUUAAUGUUUUCGACAUGUCGAUUAUAGCUCUAUUCAAUAUUGGAGUAUCCUAUUCUUCCAUUUCAUAUGUUGCUUGUAAGAAAUUAGAAUUUACGCUAUAAUCGUCCGUAACAACGAUAAAAGUUAGUACAACUGACGAUGAAAGACUGCUACUAAGGACGUCACCGCGAACUCAGAGCUCGAUAUAGGCGCCGAAACAUUUUGACAUACUUACAUGUUAUUCCUAUGAUAGAAAUUGACGCAAUCCUCGAAUUGGUUGACUUACUCAAGUCAGCGCCACGAUACUUUUAACAAGAGAAAGAUCCCUCUUCAAUCUUCAGGAGAGGAUGAGACAAGUUUCCACGACAUAACGACGUACCAGAGUUUGAGGAAAAUUUUCUAGUUUGCUAAACGAUGUCGCGCUGUUAGGGAAUUAAGUACGUAUAUGAUUUAGUGCCGCACAAGAGUUGAGUGGAAUGAAAGUCUAGUAUCCAAACUAGAUGACCCAGAUAUGCAAUUUCGAGGACGAAAUUUUUAUAAGGAGGGAGGAAUGUAACACCCCGCCUAUUUAUAUUAAGUUUAGAAUUUAAUUUAAACUUAGAUUUAAGAUGAUUCA